AGUCUAGGUAACAAAACCUAAGCUAUCCCUUGUAUAUUUCAUGACAUAAGUUUAAGUAAAGAGGUAUAAUUAGCAAAUGAUCAUUCUCUUCCCCUUACUUCCAUCCUCCUCACUGUCCUAAGAAAAAUUUAGCAUCUUCAACCUUGUACUGCGUGUGCUCUCGGGUCCUAUGGCUUUGUAUCUAAUCCCCAUUUGCAAAACGUUCAGUGCGUGAAGCCUAAGGGUCUGAACAAAAAAUCAUGGUAUAAAAUGUGAACCAACCAAAAGGCUUUAUCCAAUUCUUGUGGCCAUGCAAAGCCCUUCUCUUUCUCUGCCCCACUUUCCACCCACACCUCUCACUCCACCCCCCUCACCUCCUCUCUCUCUCUCACCUCCCACUUCUCCAUGGCCACCGCCGCUGCCACCAAGCUCACGCCCCAUCUCCUCUCUCUCUCCUCCCCCCUCCGUCGCCGGAAACCCCUGCUGCACCACCUCCCUCCGCCGCUGCCCCGGAAUGACCGUUCUUCUGCCUUAACACUGGGACUCUCUAGCCGGAGAAUUACUUGCAAGGCGACGGAAGUGUCGGUGGCGGAGGAGUCGUCGGCUGCGGGCGAUGGCGGGAACUGGGUGCCGGUGGUGCCGCUGUCGGCAUUGCCUAAGGGGGAGCGGCGCGUGAUAAUACAGGACGGAGAGACGAUUCUGUUGUUGUGGUAUAAGGAUCAGGUCUACGCCAUUGAGAAUCGGUCUCCGGCUGAAGGGGCUUAUUCCGAGGGAUUGCUUAAUGCGAAGCUCACCCAGGAUGGCUGUAUUGUAUGCCCAACAACUGAUAGCACAUUUGAUCUUCAGACUGGAGAAAUCAAGGAUUGGUAUCCAAAAAACCCUGUGCUCAGAGUUCUCACACCUGCCUUAAGGACGCUCUUCAUUUAUCCUGUGAAAACUGAUGAUAAAAAUAUUUACAUCAGAAUGAGUGGAGGUGUAAGUUCAGAUGCAUCAGCAGAGAUUGUUUUCAGUGGGAAGGCUCAACCUGGUUUAACUGCAACCGAUGUAAAUGUGGAGGAGGUUAGAAUGAUCGUUGAUGAGGAUCAAGAGGGUUUUGGUUUCACAGGGAAGAAUGAAUUGAUAAAUGGAAAGGCAGCUGUAGUUGGCUUCCUGUUGUUAUUAGAUUUUGAACUCUUGACUGGUAAAGGCAUUCUCAAGGGAACAGGCUUCUUGGACUUUCUUUAUGCUGUUUCAAAUGCAUUCAAGUAGGCCUCAGCUUCCUCUUAGGGAUGAAAAGAAUUUUUCUGAUCCACAUGGAGGUAAUUUCUUUGUGUAGUCGGACAAUACUUAUAUGUUUUAUCUUUUGCAUUUUUUCUUGUUUUACUGUAUAAAUUAUGUUGGUUCUAUAAAUCAACUCAUGUCAAUCAUUGUUUAUGUUUUGAGAAAUAUCUUUCGUCACACAGUCCAAAGUAUUGAUGGUUCAAAUGUUUGGAACCACCACAGGAUGUGUUUAGACAUUUUCACAACUCGUAUUUUGUACUCUACUCUAAGUUGGAUUAUUUAACUUGUAACUGAGAAUUCCUUGCUGGCUGAAA